AUGGUAUCUUCAUCAUUUUUGUUAUACUUGUUGGCUUGUCUAUGUGUUGAACAAUUGAGAGGUUAAUAAUUCAUCUAUAUCUGUAGCCCUUGUAUUAUUGCCUGAAGAAAAUUAAAAGACUGAGACCAUAAACUUGUUUUGGGUGUCUACCAGUUAAUUUAUAGAAACUUCUAAUCUAUAUGGUUCUACAUAGGGAGGAACGAGCUUAUAUAUGAAAGUAAGGUCAUCUUUAUCCUUAGGCUAUAGGUUUAGAUUCAAUUGUAACCAACCACAUAGUGUUUAUAGGCACAUACCCUUGUAUCAUAGAUGAAACCUAUGCUAAAGAGUAAGAGGUGUCAUGUAAGACUACUGCACCCUUGUUAAAUGACAUCUCCCUUCAAAAUCUUCUUGUGACUGUUGAGACAUCUGAUAAUAAGAAAUCAGUAUGUACUUCCUAGGCAAAUCAAUGCCUUUUUUCAUAUAAAUAAGAAAAAUCUCCAUAUCUACAUUACUUAAUCCCAUCCAUAGGAUUUGCAAACUCUGUCUUGUCUUCCAAAGGAGAGUGGAUAGUGUUAGGCGAAGAGCAAAAUGAGAUUGAGAACAUUCUUAUUGGACAGAAAUAUUGUGUUAAAAAUCAAUAUCGAAUAUUGAAUACCAAGAUGUAGAAGGGUGAAGAUGUAAUAUCCUGUAAAUUGGCAGAAGACUUGAUUUCAUCAACCUAUCAAGUAAAUGUGAGUACUAAAAGAGGGAACAUAUUAUCUUAAAAAAGUUUUAAGUAAAAAUUAUGUUUUAUAAUAAGAAUGCUUCCUAUAAUAUCUUCAGUGUAAUGGUCCAACGAAAUAAAUGACUCAUUCAUAUUACUCAUAAAUGGGUAAGGAUUCAAGAGUGGCUUGACUGAUAAUAUUGUUAAGGUUUCAGGAACAGAUGUUUCCAUAACAGUGUUAGAAGCAUCCAUAAAUUAAUUAAAAGUAAAUAAAGUAAAUAAUUUUAGGUCUAAAUACCAAAAAUAACAGAUCAAAUAUUGUUAGAUUCAUUGAAUGGUGGUGGCUCAGUUUUCAUCUCUGGAACUGGAUUGCUUCAUACUAAAUAUGAUUUGAGAGGAUUAACAAAUAAAUAUGCUAAUUGUGAUGUUUUCAGAAAUGACAUUAUUUCAGAUUCUUAAGAAUUAAAGACUAGAAUAAUUUAAAAUGGUGUAUAUUCAUAACCUGAUUAUAUUGACGAAGUUGAGUCUCAAUAUGGAUAGUAUUUUAGAGGAUUUUUCAAAGCAACAUAAUCUGGAGAAUAUUCAUUUUUAUUGGCUGCUGAUGACUGUGCUACUUUCUACAUCUAAACAACUGAAACACUCAAACCAAUACGUGCUGAGUCUCCAGCUGCUUCAUCUUAGUAAUCUACUUAAUAUAGGAACUAUUGGGGAGAAUAAUUAUGGGAUACCUCAAAAGCUGUCGAUUCAAUAUCAUAAACAGUCAAUUUAGUUGAGAACUAGUAUUAUUAUAUAGAGAUCUUUCAUGUUAACACAGUUGGCAAAGGGUUUGUCACUCUUUCUAUGAAUGCAAAAAUUAAUGAGGUUUCAGCCCCAAAUACAAAAUAAAGUCAGUUGUUUUAAGUGAAAACAUCUUAUACUCCUAAAAAUGAAAUCAUUUAGAUUGACAUCUAUAAUUCCUAAGAAAAUGUAUUAUUGUUGGAUUCUUUUAAAUUAAAAUUUACAAACUCUAACCAGCUAUCCUUAAUUACUGAAGAUAUAACUCUAAACUAUAAUAGUGUUUAAAUUUAAUAGUCUCUAUUAGAUUGUUGUAAUUAUUUAACAUAAGUAAAAAUAAAUAAGUUAGAUAACUCGGGAUUGGUAUUGGAUGAUGCUUCAGAAACUUAUGCAGGCAAUUAAUACAUAAUAACAUUCCUCUCUCAUAGAGGAUAGAAAGGGGAUCGCUCUCUCCCUGAAUUAAUCUCAUCUCAGGAAUAAUUUAGUUUCAAUGCUCAAACCACUCAAGAACCUUUAGAUCCUAUAUCUGGAACAUUCAAAUUAUCAUUGUUAAUUAAAUCUAAAACUUAAAUAUUUGUAGAUGAAAAUAAUAAUUAAGGAUUACCCUAUGAUGUUGACCCAAGUAUUUUGGCUGACAAUUUCUAUAGACUAAUAGGUGAAAGACCAAUAGUCUGGACUGAGGGAAGACCCAAGGAUGGAUAGAUUUGGAAUAUACUCUUCAGUUCUUGUGCAAAUACUAUUUAAAAUUUUCAAUUAUCUUAGAAUAAUUUAUAAUCUGGAAAUGGGAUAGUUAAUUUGGAAGUCAAAAACAUAAAAUCUUGUAAUUCUCAGUUGUAUGAACCAAUACCAACACUUAAAUUAUUCACUUAUGGUACGAAACCCUAAGUUUAAGUUUCUACAUCUGAAGGACAAGGAGCUUGUCUAUCUGAGGGUGCUUGUGAUUUUAAUUUUUAGUAGACAAAUUUAUUUGUUUUGUAAUCUUAUAGCGUAAGUAAUGAAAUUAUGAGUCUGAGCUUUUCUAUUCAGUCAGAUGCUUAGUUCACUUUGGUAGCUACUGAUUUUACUAUUGAGUUUAGAGGAGCUAUUUGCGAAGAUAUUAAAAUUGUAUCAAAUGAAGUAGAUUUAUUUAAAUUACUUUGUACACUUGAGACCUAAAAUGCUUAAGUAGUAGCAGAGGCUGGUACAAACUAAUAUCCUAUUAUUUUGAACAAACUUUACGGAUUCAUAAGAAGAGAUCCAAGUGUGAUUGCUGCUUUAACAUCGUUAGAAUUCAACUCAAUUAGUCCUACCUCUGCAUCUCCUGAUGGAGGGGCUUAAAUCACUUUGGAAGGGCUUGGAUUUCCAAAAGAUUUUUCAAGAAAAUUUGUAUUGAAAAUGGGAAGCACUUAAAUUAGUCCUUUGAUUGUAAGUAAUAAGAAGAUUGUAUUUGUGCAUCCACCAGGAACUGAUGGAACUAUAAAAAUUGAUUUCAAUGGUAAUUCUUACAGCGACUCAUCAUUUACUUAUAAUUUGGCAUAUAAACUAUCCAUAACAAAGUUGAGUUCCAUUUUAAUAUCACCAUUUUUCAAGGAUACUUUACAAGUUACAGGAACUAAUUUUGGAACAGUCCUCCAGGAUGUUAAGGCAUUCAUUCAGAAUAAGGAAAUUUAAGUAAUUGAAGUACAAGACAAGUUACUAAAGGUACAAGUCAACGUGACAUUAGAAAUAGCUAAAACUCAAUUAUUGAUUUAUAGGAAAUAAUAUGGAUAAAUAUCAUCAGAAAUUACAGUUGACAUUUCAUUAACUCACUUAACUCCUAAUUCAUCCACAAUUAAAAUUAAAUCAUUUGGUAGUAAUCAAGUAAAGGUGUCAGGAUCAAACUUUCUGAAUGGACCAAGUAUUAUCUCUUUUAAUUCUGUAAACCCUUAGAUUUGCGAUAUAACAUAUAGAAAUGACACCAAUCUAACUUGUACAAGUCCACCCUAAAUAUUGGAUGUAAAAUCUGGAGUAUUUCGUCUCAUCUAGAACUUUAAGCAUGUUACAACUUGUGUAGCCUGCAAAUAUGAGUACCAAUAAUUCCCAGAUUUUAUUAGAGUUAAAAUUCUCGAUAGUACAAUUAACUAUAUUAAAUAUAAACCAAAGUACCUAAUGCUAUGGUCUGAAGAGGCUAAGAAGUAAAAUUCCCAUCCUUUGCUAUUUUACAAAUAGUCUCAAUAUAUUGACGCUCUAUAAUCAUAUGAUAUAAUUUGGGAUAAAAUAAUAAUGGAGUAUACUCCAGGGUAAGCUGUAUAAAUGUUAUUCGAAUUAUCUGCUACUGCUUCGGAUUUAUAUACUAAAUUUAUGGCUAUAAAACUGUCUUUCAGCUAAAAAGGCCAAAUUAAAUACUCUCUGAUUACUUAAGCAGCUAGUUAAAUCACUAUUGUUACAGUUCCACAGUUGACUUAAGGGUUGCAUUUAACCGUACCUCUUUUGUCUUUUUCUACCACGUAUUUAUAUUGGUAUACGAGAUUUGGAUUGGGAAUCACAUCUGUAAGUGAUACAUCUUCUGGUGGAAGUGUGAUCUUAAUUAAAGGAUGGGGAUUCAAUGAAAUUUACAUUAAAAAUAUUUUAGUAUAAGACAAGGGAUGUGCUGAAAUAAAAGUAAUUAAUUCUACAGAUAUAUAAUGCUAUUUUAAAGCUAGAUUUACAGCUGGUUAAUACACACUUACAUUAAAUCAGAUUGAUCAAGAAAACUAAGAUACGGUGUUAACUAGAACCAUGGCGAUUAAUGUUAAAGACUAUCCUUUGUCUCCUUAAGUAACUUCAAUUUAAAUUGAUAGCGAAAAUAAAUUAGAUACUAACCGAAAUGCAAUUAUUCAUAUUUCUGGAACUUUUCAAUUGAAAAUUUAAGGAGUAAAUCUCUCUGGAACUGAUUUAUCAGUACGACUAAUAAGCGAAACAGAAAUAAUCACAACAUAAAAGAAUACCACAACUUCAACUUUAUUGGAGUUGGAAUUCUCUAAUGUUCCAAUUGGAAUUUAUUAGAUAGAAAUAAAAGUAAAUAAUUAUUAUGCCUCUUUUUCAGACGGAGGUUAUGAAAAUUUGAUUUUGGAUUAACCUUAAGCACCAAUAUUAAAUAAUCCUUUAUCUUCUACUAUAGGGGGAAUCAUUAUCAAUAUAAGCGGUGGAGGGUUUUCUUCUAACUCUUUAUCACAUCUAGUCAAAUUUUGUGAUUUGACCUGCAAAGUCCUGUCAUCUAGUUUCAAUAAUUUAGAUGUAUUAGCUCCCAUGUUAUUACCAUCAUAAUUAAUAUAAUCUACACCAUAUUCGAAGAUUCCUAUUAAAGACUUGAUUAUAUCAGGAGAUAAAAUGGAAUUAGUAUAGAAUGUAUAUGAUGAAAUUAUAUCAACAGAGUAUUCAUCUGAUUCAUAAGUCUCCUGCUAUAUAUAAUUUAAUCUGAAAUCAUAAUAUGGCCAGCUGAAACUUAAAAAAUUAAGAUUUUAACCAAAAUUAGGAUUUGAUUAAAACAAACUAACAACAAUGAAAAUUUAAUAUACCAUUGAUGGUUAGAACUGGAUAUUAUUAGAAUAAUUAAAAUAUAUCAAUCAAGGUUGGAAUACUUUGGUACUUUAAAUGGCAAUCGAUAAGAUUAAUUCAAUUAAAUUCAUAGAUGAACAAGGCAUUUAAGGCUCUUAAUGUUCCUUUUCUGAAAUUGAAUUAUAUGGAUGGAUAUACUACAAUGAGGAAAUUCUUUCCACUUGCCAACUUGAUAUAAAUGUGAAUGGUAUUAAAUUGCCUAGUUUGUCAAAUACAAAUACAUACUCAUUUAAAAAUCAACCAAUAGUAGAAUCAGUAGUACCUAAAUAUGGACCUGUAAAUAUUGAAACUGUAAUAACUAUCAAGGGAAGUGGCUUCAUUCCAGAUUAGACUAUUGUAACCAUAGAUAAUGUCCAAUGUCUUAUAUUGAGUGUUACUGCUACAUAAAUUACUUGUAAAACUGGAAUUAAAACUUUGUUGACAGAUAACAGCGGAUUUGUUGUCUAAGUGUCAAAAGCUUAAGCUCUUCUUAUAUAACAAUUUUUGUAUAUUUAAAAGUGGUCAGAUAAUUCAACAUGGGAAUAUUCAGUUCCAAAGGAUGAAGAUUCAGUCCUAAUUAAAAAUUAUUAAAAAGUAUUAUUAGAUGUCAAUUCAAAACAACUUGAAAGGCUUAUUAUUGAAGGAACAUUGAUAUUUGCUGAUGAACAAGACACCAAGUUGAUCGCCAAUUCAAUCAUAAUAAGAGAAGGUUCUUUAAUGAUUGGGUCUUAAGAUUAACCCUAUUAGCAUUAAGCUAUCAUUAUGUUACGUGGACGAGAGACCGAUUUUUAAUUCCCUUUAAUUGGUAACAAAGUUAUAGGAUGCGUAAAGUGUUAAAUUCAAAUGUUCGGUAAAUAAAGAACUCUCACUUGGAGUCUCUUAGAUUCAAAAGUCUUAAAGGGUGAUAGCAUUAUUAAAUUGAGCUAAUCUGUAGAUUGGAAUGUGGGGGAAUCUGUUGUAAUUGCCACUAAUAGUAAUAAUAUUGAGGAGAAUGAAAUUAGAAUUAUCAAAGCUGUUAGUUCUGAUAAAAAAAGUAUUACAUUAGAUAAACCACUCAGUUAUACACAUACAUCAGAAUUAUCAUCGUAAACUGAAGUUGGUUUAUUGACAAGAAACAUUUUAAUUCAGACAGAAUCACAAGGUAUAAACAAUUAUGGUGUUCAUAUUCAUAUAAAUGGAAGAUAAAAUGAAGGAACCAUAGUCAAAAUAUCAAAUGUUGAAAUCGUAAAUGGAGGAUAGACUAAUCUUGUUGGUAGAUAUCCAAUUCACUUUUAUAAUAAUGAACAGAUGGAUUAAUCACUUAUUGAAGGUAAUUCCAUUCAUGACAGUUAUUCCAGGUGCAUAGUAUUAAAUAAUGUAAAAUAUCUAAGGGUAAUAAAUAAUGUCUGCUUUAACAUCAUUGGAAAUGCUAUUCAUUUAGCUAGUGUGGCAGAUAUUCAUAAUAGAAUUGAAUCUAAUCUAGUUAUUAGUGUAAAAUCAAACUAAUAUGUUGACAACUCUUGUUCUUUCUUCAAUUUUUAGACAUAUUCAAACUAAUUGUAGGAUAUUGACAGAUAAUCCUCAGCGUUUUACAUAUCAAAUCCACAAAAUACUAUCAUUAAUAAUAGAGCAAUUUCAAGCGAUUAUAUUGGAUUUAAUAUCUUUGUUAAUAGAAUCAAUAAUUAAAAUUAUUUGAUGACACAAUCUUUAGGGUGGGAUGUAAAGAAUAUCCAAAACAAUGUGGUACAUUCUGUUGUGGGUCAUGGAAUUCAAAUCAACAUUUUAUUAGAUGCUCAAUAACAAUAAGAUUAAUAUACUGAAGCAACUAUUCUUAAACUAUUUUCUGUCUGGUAAAAUACAUUUAAUGAUUUAAAUUUGAUUAUAAGAACAGAAACUGAUGUAUUUGAGACAUAAUUCAACUUUCCUAAUGCUGAUGCUAUUGAUUUAAGUAUAAUUAGUUCUUCUACUUUGACUAAUUUAUAGAAUCCUGUGAUAAUCAAGAUUUAGUAUUCAUUAAGUAAUUAGAAUUUCUAAGUCUACAGAUUUAGAGAUAAGGAAUUUCAAUCUUUGCUGGAAAUUCCUAAUUAAUAAAACUGUUAAAUUGGUGAUUGGUAUAAUGAUUAAAUUACUAAAUCUUUAUAUGUUUGCAUUUCUGGCCAAUAAUAAUAGGGUAGAUACCCAAUAAAAAUCAAAGGAUUGAUAUGUAUAAAUAAAGAUUAAUGUAAUUUUGCAAAUGAUGAUAUCUAAUGUCCCAAUAUACUAUUACUCUAAAACAAUGAUAAUAAUGGAUCUACUGGAGGUUAAGAUAGUAAUAAUACUGGUGGUACUAAUGAUAAUAAUACAGACAACAAUACUGAUACUGGAAAUACUGAUAACACCAAUAAUAAUAAUGAUAAUACUAAUAAUAAUGGAAAUACAGAUAAUGGCAAUACUGACAAUGGCAAUACUGACAAUGGAAAUACUGACAAUGGAAAUACUGACAAUGGAAAUACUGAUAAUGGUAAUACUGACAAUGGAAAUACUGAUAAUGGCAAUACAGAUAAUGGCAAUACUGAUAAUACAAAUACUGAUAAUACAAAUACUGGUAAUACAAAUACUGAUAAUGGCAAUAAUGGUAAUACAAAUACUGACAAUUCUAAUACUGAUAAUAAUAAUAAUAAUAAUAAUAACAACACUGAUAAUACAAAUAAUAAUAAUAGUAAUACAGAUAAUAAUAAUACUAAUACUGGUAAUAAUAAUAAUACCGGUAAUACCGAUAAUACUAAUACAGAUAAUAACAAUAAUGAUAAUACUAUUUAUAAUUGGUCUUCUCCUUUAGCAUGGAAACCAAAUCAAAUUCCAAAGCUUGGUGACAAGGUUACGAUUAAAAAAGGCUAUUAGAUAAUUUUAGAUAUAGAUCCACCAGAGUUGGAUGAAUUGACGAUUGAAGGCUAAUUGAUAUUUGAUGAGAAAAGACAAGAGUCAGUUCUAUAAAGCAGUUCAAUUAUUAUUAGUUAAGGUUAAAUUAUUGCUGGAAAUAAAGAGCAUCCAUUUGAAGGCAGAAUAACUAUCAAAUCCCUUAAUAUUUAAGUGUUUAAUAAAUUUGAAUUAUACUCCAAAAUUCCAUUAACAUUUUAGACUAGACUAGUCAUAAGUUCUUUAGCUGGUUCUAAUAACAUUGAAGUAUAGGAAUGCUAAGAUUGGUAAAUAGGAGAUAAAAUAGCACUGGGACCCUCAGGAACUAGAUGGAAUUAUAAUGAAGAAAAGGAGAUUAUAAAUAAAUAGGGUUGUGUUUUAACUUUAGAUUCUCCAUUGAGAUAUGACUAUUAUGGAGAUAGAUCAAUUACAAUAAUGAAAAAUAAUAUAGGUUAGUUGGAUAUGAGAACUUUGGUUGUUCAUUUAAGCAGAAAAAUAAAAAUUUAGAAUCCUGAUUUAAGAUAGGGAGGAACCAUAUAAAUAGUUCAUGGUUUAAUAGAGAAUGACAUUUAUAUCGGAUAGAUAUAAUUAUAAGGAGUAGAGUUAGUAAAUUUUGGUUAAUUAGAGAAAGCAGGCUUAACAAUUGAGAAUGUAUUCACUUAAGCAUCCUAAACUAGCAGUAUCGUUGGUUGUAGUUUUCAUGAAGGCUAAGGGAAAUUUUUGAGGAUAUCCAAUAGUAACAAGAUUUCAGUGUUAGGUAAUGUAUUUUAUUCAGGAAUAAAAGCAUUGGUAGAAAUAGUGGAUUAAAAGUAUUUAAUAUUUAAGAAUAAUAUAUUGAUUCAUGUGAAGAAAGCAGGUCCAAGUAAUUGGGCAGUUUUGGCCAACUUUAUAUUUUCUAAGAGCAAUCUGAAUAUUCUGAGAAGUAAUUUAGAUAUAACGGAGAAUAUUGGACAAGGAUCAGAAGACACAGGAUUCUAUAUAGUUUCUACUUAGUGCAAUUAAAUCGAUCAAGCAAAUAUUUAUAAUAAUGUUUGUUCUUCAGCAUAGAAUGCGUGUUUUGCUGUUGUCCAGAGAAAUAGUGCUUGUGAUGCCAUAUCAGAUCUUUAUGCUUAUCAUAGUAAAAUUGGGAUAAUGUUUUCUGUAAAUUCUAGAUAGUUAGAAAUAAAGAAGUUUAUAACUGCUGAGAAUAAGAUUAACAUAAUAUUGAAGGGAUCAUCAAUAAAUGAAAUGAAUAACGUAAUAAAAAUAAGUGAUGGUUAUAUCACUGCUAUUGCUCGUCCUACUUGUAUUACAUGUUAUGAGAAUAUUGAUGUAAACUAUUGCUCUUCCACUCUCGGUAUGCAAUUGGCAACUAUGUCAUCUUAAUCAUUCCUACCUACUGUAGAUAAUUUAUAGUCAGAUCAAUUUGAUUGGAUAAAUACUAAACAAGUAAUUGAUUUAAGAGUUUUGGUUAAUAAUUUAGAAUUCAAUUAAUUUAAAGUUAACAACAAUUAAGUUCCGAAUUGUGUUGAAAAUGCAGUGUUCAGACAACAUCCUCAAGCCAUUGAUAUGACAGGCAGACAUUAUUUAAAAAAUACACUAUGUACAGAUUGUGAAUUUGAAUCUUUGUUAUAUAGAUUAAGAGAUUCAGAUUUUAAUAAGAUUGGAUUAUAUGGUGGAUGUGGUUCUAUGGAAUGCACAGGAUAAAAGAAUAUAUUAAUAGAAGAUUUAACAGGAGACUUCUUUGGAGAAAUAGGAUAAGGUAUAUCGAAUAAUACAGAAUUUGGAUAGUAUGCCAAAUAUNUUUAGAUUCUCCAUUGA